AACAUGAAAGUAAAGCAAAGCAAUAAAGAAUAGGAAGAAAAGAGAGAAAGCAAAGGGAAAAGGUUCUCGAAUUAAACUCUAUGAUUAUUCACAUUCUCUGAAAAAAAACUCUAGUACCAGGCAGUAGCUAGUGUUCCCCCCCCCCUCUACUUAUUCAACCACAGGAGGACCUCUCAAAGUUUCUACAAAGACCCUGUUUGAGCUGAACUGGAGCAUCAAAAAAAAGAAAGAAAGAAAGAAAGAGAAAGGAAAAUUUCUUUUUCUUUGUAGAGAGAGAGAUUAUCAAGGAAAGCAAAGGCAUGAAUAGAGGUAUCCUUCAGAGCUCACCGGUGCAACAAAUGAUGGCCGGAAACCCUAACAGCUGGUGGAACAUCAAUAACAUGCACCCUCCAGCUUCUCAACAAGCUUCUCCUUCUAACUUUCUAACUCCAUAUGCUCCCACUUCUUCUCUUCCUUUCCCUUCCUGGCAUGAUCUCAAUCAAGAGCUUCCCGAGUCAUGGAGCCAGCUACUCCUGAGUGGACUGGUGUCUGAAGAAGAUCAUAAGGCAGGUGGUAUGUGCCAGGUUGAUGAGUCUAAGAAGUUAGAGAAGUGGGAGGAACAAAUGCUAAGUCAGGAUCCAAAUGCUUCUCUUGUUGAUGUUAAGCAAGAAAGUUCGAUAAACAGCUAUGUAUAUGGGCAUGGAAACGAAGAAUUUCAGGCACCAAAACCCACUUGGUCUCAAAUAGUGCCACCUUCUAAUUCUCCAAAAUCAUGUGUAACAAGUUUCAGCAGUAGCAUGUUGGAUUUUUCUAACAAUAACACCGAUGCGAGGCCUCCUCCACCAGAUCCAUCUUCUGAGUGCAAUAGCACUGCAGUUGGUGGGGCAUUCAAGAAAGCUAGGGUUCAACAGUCGACAACUCAGUCGAGCUUUAAGGUUAGGAAGGAGAAAUUAGGUGACAGAAUUACUGCCCUUCAUCAACUCGUUUCCCCAUUUGGAAAGACUGACACGGCGUCUGUCCUAUUAGAAUCUAUUGGGUAUAUCAGAUUCCUUCAGACUCAAAUUGAGGCCCUUAGCUUUCCAUACUUGGGCACUGGAUCAGGAAACAUGAGGCAACAACAAUCUGUUCAAGGAGAGAAGAAUUGUAUAUUCCCUGAAGACCCUGGUCAGCUGCUGAAUGAAAACUGUUUGAAGAGGAAAGCAGCUAGUGAGCAGGAUUGUGAAGAAGAAGCAAAGAAGGACCUGAGGAGUAGAGGGUUGUGUCUGGUUCCAGUGUCAUGCACGCUGCAAGUUGGAAGUGACAAUGGAGCUGACUAUUGGGCUCCUACAUUUGGUGGUGGAUUUCGCUAGAUCGGAUAUUUACUAUUAAUUUGGGGUAGAGCAUAUAUAUAUUUAUGUAAGUACGUGGCAGCACAGAGAGAGGGCAAUUCAUGGAAAUUGUAUAACAUCAUGAGCAGUCAAUCUGCUACAAAUCAUCUAAGGCUGAUUGCUCAUGAUGCCAUACAAUUCCUGAAUAAAAUGUGUGCACCGUCAAGCAUAUAUUUGCAACCCCUUGUUAAUUAAGACUCCUUAAUUCAUCGCAAUCAAGAUUUUAUUUUAUUUUCAUUAGCUUAAUUAAGAUGUCGUACAAUGCUAGAUUUU